AUAAACGUUUGAAAUUCGUUUUAAAUUCUGGAGAAAUUUUUUCGCUAUGCGGAAAUUGUGCCACAAGCUAGCCUGAAUAGGUUCUGAUGAUUAAUGUGAUGUAGUUGUGAGAAAGCUGUUCGGCGACUGGAGUUUAGAGCAUAAUGGUUACCUCGUAUAUCCAAAAGAUACUCUCCCAGAGGGUCCCAAUCCUGCAAUGGGGCAGGAAAUACAACUCUCAUAAAUUUGUCUGUGAUACUAUAGCUGGGAUAACUGUGGGUUUGACUGUGAUGCCCCAAGCUUUAGCGUAUGCUACCUUAGCUGGACUAGAACCUCAGUUUGGGUUAUAUUCGGCGUUUGUUGGAUGCUUCGUUUAUGUGAUAUUUGGUACUUGCAAAGAUAUCACUAUAGGACCCACUGCUCUUAUGUCUCUGAUGACCUAUCAGCAAGUCAUGGGAAGAAAUAGUGACUAUGCCGUACUUCUUUGUUUUCUGUCUGGAAUAAUCCAAUUUCUGAUGGCUAUACUGCAUUUAGGUGUCCUAAUAGAUUUCAUCUCAAUACCAGUAACAGUGGGAUUCACGUCAGCAACUUCAGUAAUAAUUGCAACAUCCCAGCUGAAAAGUCUGCUUGGAUUGAAGAUUUCAUCUUCGGGAUUUCUGGAUACAAUCACGAAAGUACUACAGAACUUGAACAAAACCAGAUAUACCGACUGCAUCUUAGGGGUGUCGUGCAUUCUGGUUCUUAUGUUUCUGAGGAAAUUGAAAAACGUCAAAGUUCACGGUAAAGAUCAGAAACCAACCCCUCAACAAAAGAACUGGAAUCGCUUCUUCUGGCUUAUAGGGACGUCAAGGAAUGCCCUAGUGGUCAUAGUGUGUUCCAGCAUCGCCUACGCUUAUGAAACCAGUGGCGUAGGCUCCCCUUUCCUCCUGACAGGCAAAGUUAGACCUGGGCUGCCAAACUUUCGCCUACCACCCUUCCAGACGGUUCUGAACAACCAGACAGUUACUUUCAACGAAAUGGUAUCUGAUCUUGGCACUUCCGUUGUUUUAGUACCGGUGAUUGCUGUUCUAGGAAAUGUAGCUAUAGCUAAGGCCUUCGCUAGUGGUUCCAUAAUCGACGCCACCCAAGAACUGGUCACCCUUUCCAUGUGCAACGUGAUAGGCUCCUUCUUCUCGUCCAUGCCGAUAACAGGUUCCUUCUCUAGGUCUGCAGUGAACCAUGCAAGUGGUGUUCAAACCCCAGCUGGUGGUAUUUUCACCUCAAUACUAGUGCUUUUGGCUCUGGGUUUCCUCACUCCAUACUUCGCCUACAUUCCAAAGGCAUCUUUAGGAGCUGUCAUCAUAAGCGCGGUGAUAUUCAUGAUAGAAUACGAAGUGGUUAAGCCCAUGUGGCGUUCCAGUAAAAAGGACCUAGUAUCCACCUUCGCCACGUUUUUCUUCUGCCUUAUGGUUGGAGUAGAAUAUGGAAUUUUAGUGGGAGUUGCCAUCAAUAUCGUUUUCCUAUUGUACCCAUCAGUGAGACCAACAGUUCAUGUUGAAACUAAAAAGACUGAUUUUGGAUUAGAGUACCUCAUGAUAACGCCUGGGAACAGCCUGUAUUUCCCAGCAGUUGAUUUUAUAAAAACAAGCGUUGGAAAAGCUGGAGUUUCUUCAAAACAUCUUCCUGUAGUGAUUGACUGCAGAUUCAUACUUGGUGCUGAUUUCACAGCAGCUAAGGGAAUAUCUGCGCUUAUUGACGAAUUUUCCAUCAGAAAACAACCGCUCUAUUUCUUCAAUACUCGAGAGGACGUUGUUACAGUGUUUCAAGGAGUGCUGGAGGAAGAUUUCAAAUACUUCAAAACUAUGGAAGAACUGGAACAUUGUUUGAAAGAGAACACAUUAGAGGAGCACAGCACAGAAGAAGGUAAGUUACUGUAUGACUCCGAAACCGAAUAUUGCCGAAAUAUUUGGAGAAAAUCAUCAGUGGAAUUGAAAGAAAUAUGCAACGGUGAAGGACAUAGCCUAAGUCAUAGGUUGAACAGCGUGCAACGUUAAGACAUGAAAAAAAAGUGACAAUGGAAGCAUAACUUUCAAUGGAGAAAAGACUUGAUAGGGUUAACAAAAUUUAAUGGUCGAAAUCCGAAUAUUUUUUGUUCUAAUAUCAAACCACAUAUACAAUAAAUUGUACAUACCCUCCAUUCGGUUUGAUACGAAGAAAGUUUCGAUUGUAUUAAUGUAGGAGACUCAAAUUCUAACAAUUGAUCUAAUCAAAAAUGUAUUAUAUCCAGUGAUAAAGGAUAAUUUAAAACCUACUCAUCAAUAAUAAACUAUUUAUGAAGUGUUUUGAUUCCGUGAAGUAUUUCAUUAUACAUAUAUAUUUAUUGAUUUUUGCAUUCGAUAUUAUGUACGUUCUUAAACCAGUGUCAUCUUUUCAUUUACACUUCGUUACUCAUACCAUUACUUUCAAAUAUAAUUUAUUCAUAUCAA